CACUUUUUUUGUUACUAAUUUUAUUUCUUGUUUUUCACUAUUUUUCUUUGAAUCUUCUAUUACUAGUCUAUACUUUCCUUGAGCCACCAAGAAAGAAAAAGAAAAGUCUCUGAAAAUUACUUAUUUUCUUUUUAUUAUUAUUAUUUAUUUAUAUUGUUUAAUUCAAUCUUCGUGUACCAAAUUUGAUCUGAAGUCUCUGGAUUCACCACCUGGGUAUAUGCAGUAACUAUUGAUCUGGUCUUAACUUUUCUGUGUUGGGCUAUUUCAAUCUUCGGGUGAUUGGUGCAAAAAAUCGUGUUUUAUUGGCUAUUUUUAGAACAUUAAGUUGACGUGCGCAGUUUAUCGCACAUUGACAACUCUUUGUUGUAUACCGCCAACCUGUACCAAUGAGGGAGUGGAUAAUUGGAGCCUUCAUUAACAUUUUGGGCAGCAUUGCUAUUAAUUUUGGAACCAAUCUUCUUAAAUUAGGUCAUGACGAGCGAGAAAGACAUCCAGUGUUGGGGGGUGAUGGAUUGAAUGGGAAGACUGUGCUGAGGCCUAUCUUUCACUUCCAGACAUGGAGGAUUGGAAUAUUUCUUUUUGCUUUCGGAAAUUGUCUAAAUUUUGUUUCCUUCGGAUAUGCCGCUCAGUCACUUCUCGCAGCUCUGGGAUCUAUUCAGUUCUUGUCAAACCUCGUGUUUGCCUACUAUGUUCUAAACAAGACAGUUCCUGUCAAGGUACUGGGUGCCACAGCCUUUAUCAUUCUGGGAAAUAUCUUUCUUGUCUCUUUUGGGAAUCAUCAGUCACCUGUUUACACACCAGAGCAAUUGACAGAGAAGUUCAGUAACAUUGCAUUCCUUCUGUAUUGUCUGAUAUUGGUUAUAGUUGUUGCCGUGCAUCACUACAUAUACAGGAUUGGAGAAGUACUGCUAGCUGUUACUGGGCAUGAUAUGAAGGUGUACUGGGUUGUACUUCUUCCUUUUUCUUAUGCUGUUGUUUCAGGAGCUGUGGGAUCAUGCUCAGUGUUGUUUGCAAAAUCUCUCUCAAAUCUGCUGAGAUUGUCCAUGUCUAGUGACUAUCAAUUGCACAGUUGGUUCACUUACUCCAUGCUCCUGUUGUUUCUGAGUACUGCUGGAUUCUGGAUGGCGCGAUUAAAUGAAGGGUUGUCAAUGUUCGAUGCCAUACUUAUAGUCCCUAUGUUUCAGAUUGUUUGGACCUUUUUUUCUAUCUGUACAGGAUUUGUAUACUUCCAGGAAUAUCAGGUAUUUGAUACUCUGCGAACAACAGUAUUUAUACUAGGAAUGGUUUUAGUAUUUAUAGGCAUUUCGUUACUGGCACCGGAUGAGCCAAGAGGAAGUGAACUCAAAGAUAGCUCUUUAGCUUCAUCCAGUUAUCUUAAUGAUACAACUGAUACCAACAGGCUGGUUAUGCCAUCAGAAGAUUCUCAAAUUAAAGAUAUGAAAUCAUUUGUGCGAUCAAUGCAAAUUAAGGCUGCUAAGGCGGUCGUCAACGCAAAGGCUGCAUGUUCAUCUACAUUUGGUUUGGGAGAAGAUUCAAUUCAUACAUCUUCAGUUUUUGCAAUGCCAAUGGUUUCAUCUAAGAUUAAUGGCUUUCGAGGAACGGGAGUGGACAGAGCUAAAUAUUUCUCCUGGAGAGACAUUGGUAGGAACAGUGACAUUUCACUUGAGGAACAUGAUUUGGAGUCGGCAUCUAUGCUUCCAAGGUCAUAAACUAAUGUUGUGUUUGGUUGGGGAGAAUGGAAUGGAAUGGAAUGGGAUGAGUAAAAUUACUUGGAACUAACAGAGAUAAGAGGGAAGUUUUGGAAUAAAUGUAAGUGAGGGCAAAAUUGAUAUGAUAAGAUUUAAGAAGAAAUUGGGGGUAGGAGAGAAUGGAGCAUUCCAUCUCAAAUUGGAGGUAUGUUCUCUAGCACAUAAUGUAAGGAAUGAAAUGGAGGAAGGAAUGAAAUUUGUUACAAAUUGUCCAUAAUAUAGUUCAUUUUUCAUUUCAUUCCUUCCGGAAUCAUUCACCCCAACCAAAAACAACAUAAGAGAGUAGCAUCAAGAAUGAUUUCCUCUUGAAAAAACGAUGAAAAUGUGUAUACACAAUUGCACAGUGGCACCAUCUCAUCAAUUAGUAUAGAUUUUUUAGGAUUCCCUCUUAGGUGUUGUACUAGAUUGUUGUUGUUACUGCUUGGUGAAGAACCAUAAAGUAAGUCUCUGAUUGUAUUUAUUGAUCUUAACCACUUGAAUGAAAAUUGCGCCGUUUAUUGAGCUUC